CUUGAAUCUUCAACGCCAACCUUCAACGAGCUACGCGAGAUAUACGACAGCGAUUCUUCCACUUAAAACGCUCAGCUAGUCAUGAGAUGGCUGUUCUGGGCUUCACCACCGCAAGAUGACUCAAACAAUAAUAGCGGCGCUGCUUCACAAGUGAAAUGCAGGAAUAAUGAGAACGUGGACGUGCCCGCACCGUCAAAUGCAGCACCUCCCUCCGACCGCACAAUAUCUAAAGUCCAAUCCAGCAGCAGAGAUUGGAAUUCGAUAGUCAACGCGACGGACUGGAAACAAUUCACUGAGCCCAGGACGAUUAUCCCCACAGCCCUGGUAACUGGAGGCAUCUUGCUCUGUGUGCACAUCCACCGAAAGUACCUGCGGCGGAUACCCGAAGCGGGGCACAUCUCGCCCUCUUUCUUCAGGCGACGGAGUCUGCUGGGUAAGGUGACCAGUGUCGGAGAUGGGGAUAAUUUCCGGAUGUACCACACCCCCGGCGGAAAGCUGGGUGGAUGGGAGUGGUGGCGGAAAGUGCCCACGGGAAAGAAUGAGUUGAAGAAUAGGACUAUCCAUGUCCGUCUCGCAGGCGUUGACGCCCCUGAACUCCCUCAUUUCGGCCGCCCCGCCCAACCGUUCUCCCACGAAGCACAUUCCUGGCUGACAAGGUACAUUCUGGGCCGGCGUGUUCGAGCCCAUCUCUAUCGUCCCGAUCAAUACGGGCGCGUCGUGGCCACAGUCUACGUCCGUCGCUGGCUCUUCUUCAGGCAAGAUGUCGGGCUACAGAUGUUAAAACAUGGUCUAGCGACGGUGUACGAGGCGAAGACGGGAGUAGAGUUCGGCGGAGUGGAGCUAGAGAGACAGUAUCGAGAGGCAGAAGCAUGCGCUAAGAAGAAGGGGAAAGGGAUGUGGAAAGGGUUGAAGGGAGGGAAGAAAGGAGAGUGGGAGAGCCCGAGAGAGUAUAAGACGAGAAUGGCAGCAGAGGAAGAGCAGAAGAAGAAUGCUCGGGGGGGUACGAGGAAGAAGUGAUGAAUAACAUCCUCCUGUUGGGAUGGAUACCGUUUGGGCCUUUUGUGUCAAGCCAUGGAGUUGGUUGGAGUUCUGUUCUGUCGUCCCUCCAAUACCCGUUUGCAUGAGAUGGCUAUACGUGGCUACAUGUGACGAUGUCAACCUGACUACUGUAACUACGCUCUUUUUCAGCAUUAUUAAUGUGUGAUGUGAAUCAUGAACAUGUGUUAUGAAUAAGUUGGAGUGCCCUAUGUACUGUACAUAGCCAAAAGGCAAACAGGGAGCCAAUAGCUCUAAUUAAACACCAGUGCUAACAGAUACCGCGCUGUGGCUGGGUAAUCUAGAUAACAGGAUAUAAUCUUUAAUUAUUUCAUGGCCGAGACAGGUCCCAUUAACCGAACCUUCUUUCAACCUCAGCGAAAAGCUUGGGGCUGAUUUCAUCGCUUGAGUUACCCUCAACCCGCCACAAGCACCCUUGCUUUUCAUAGUGGUCAAGUAGCGAUUGGCUAGUUUCUUCAAACUUCUUGAACCUCUCCUUCCAAACAUCAGUUGAAUCAUCCUGCCUCUGAACCAGUGCCUCUCCUGUUAUAUCAUCUUUUCCAGGGACUUUUGGUGCAUUGAAUUCUGUGUUAUAUACCCGUCCCGAAGCAGGAUGAACCCAUCGGGACGCGAUCCGGGAGAGAAUGACGGCAGGAGGUGUAAGGAGUUGCACGACAAGGUUGAUGGGGACUAGGCUUUCUAGGCUGGAUGCUUGGAUGGCUGUGCGUGGGAACCCGUCGAGGAUAAAGGAAGCGGAAGGAUCCAGGCUUGCCGCCGCUGUGGACGAUGACGAUCCCGGAGCGGGUUUAGAAAGCCAGCCCUUCGAGGCAAGCUCUGAUGAUAUUAGGUCCAGUAUCAUCGCAUCUGGAACGAGAUUUCCUGCUUGGAUAGCGGCCUCCGCUUGGAUACCU